AUGGCGCCCAUAAAAAAGACCAAGGCUUCACCCAAGGUCCGCUCUUCUGGAUCCAAGGAACCAACGCUCAAAAAAGUGAAAGGCGAGAACUUUUACCGCAAUGCGAAACAAGUCGCCCGUCUCAAGAUGCUGUCGGGGGGAAAGGCCAUACGGGACAAGGAUGGCAAGAUAAUUCAGGCUGCUGCGUAUCAGAAGGGGGAGGACGAGACAAAACCUGGCCGAGUCCAGCCCGAUCGUAGAUGGUUUGGCAAUACACGAGUGAUCUCACAGACAGCCCUUGAUCACUUCAGAACAAGUCUUUCGACGAAGAAGGAUGACCCAUACUCAGUCUUACUCCGUCGAAAUAAAUUACCCAUGGCACUCUUGGACGAUGCGUCUAACCCUAAUACUCGAAAGCGGUCCCACAUCGUGGAAACCGAACCUUUCAGUGAUACUUUUGGACCCAAGGCUCAGCGCAAGAAGGCCAGAAUUAACGUUGGCACUUUCGAGGAACUGAGUAAACUGGGUGCAGCUGCAGCGGAAGACGCCGAACAAGCUGCCAAUGCUCUAGAACUAGGUGCCUCAUCGCAGGCGCAAUCUUUCGAAGUACCCGAACCACAAACCCACGCAGACUAUAUUGAACCCAUCUUCGCAAAAGGAACCUCAAGGCGCAUCUAUGGGGAGCUGUACAAGGUAAUAGACUCUUCGGACGUUAUCCUCCAUAUCCUUGAUGCUCGAGACCCCCUUGGCACCAUGUGUGAAUCUGUGCUUGAGUACAUGAAAAAAGAGAAACCGCACAAACAAGUUGUUCUUGUCAUCAACAAAUGUGACUUGGUGCCUAAUUGGGUUACCGCAAGGUAUAUUCAACAUCUCACACCUCGAUACCCUACGAUCGCCUUUCAUGCAUCACCAAAUCACUCUUUCGGCAAGGGGUCUUUGAUUCAGCUUCUUCGCCAGUUCUCCCAGCUUCAUUCAGACAAGAAGCAAAUUUCUGUUGGUUUUGUUGGAUACCCAAAUGUAGGCAAGAGCAGCGUCAUUAAUACCCUAAAGAGUGGUAAGGUCUGUCGCGUUGCCCCUGUACCAGGAGAAACCAAGGUUUGGCAGUAUAUCACAUUGACCCGGCGGAUAUAUCUCAUCGACUGUCCGGGUGUAGUUCCCACCUCUGCAAAUGAUUCACAGACAUCCACUGUCCUCAAAGGUGUUCUACGCGUGGAAGCCCUUCCCGUGCCAUCUGAGCACAUCCCCGCUCUCAUGUCGCGCGUAAAGCCAUUGUACCUCUCACGAACGUAUGGCGUUGCUCUUCCGGACCCCGACGAUUCCUCUCGCUCGUGGGAUCCAGAACAGUUUUUGGACACUCUUGCGCGGAUGAAGGGGCGUCUAUUAAAAGGCGGCGAGCCAGAUGUAGAUGGUGUCGCUAAAAUCAUACUGAGCGACUGGGUGAGAGGCCGAAUACCAUUUUUCGUACCUCCCCCUGAGCGGUCGGAGGAGCUCAACAAAACCGAAGCUAAAUUGAAGGCGAGAAGCAAGGGCAAAGAGAGGGCUGUUAAUGGCGGGGCCGAGGUUUUGGCGGUCAAGCAGAAUUUGAAGACCAUUACACAGAAAAAUACGUUCCUUGCCGAGGACGUGCAACCGUUGGACGAAGAUGACGGCGAGGAUGAAGAAAUUUCCGGUACCCCAGCAGAUAAUGCAUUAGACGAGGAGGAUGAAGAAGGUAGCGAAUUCGGUAGCGAUGAAGACAACGAAAAUGAGGUCGAAGAACUGUCUUGGAACGAUGUCUUUAACGAUAAGACGGAGCCGGCGAGCGAAGUUGUUGUAGAUGGAUUGUCUUCGGCCGAGCAAGGUGACGCAUCCGAUGUAGAGGUUACUGCCCAGACAAAGAAACCACGCAUGAAGACGAACAAAAAAAAAGCAGAGAAUUUCUACACGAACAGCAAUGUGAAGAACAAAAAUCGACACAAGGCGGCUGUGAUGAAGUCUCUUCCUGUGGGCAAGAAGGGCGAAGGACGUAAACGGCGCUGA